AUGUCUUCACCUACCAGGGCUAUUCCUGCCCAGCUAGGCUUCCUAGCCAUCUACAACCCUUCUUUGGGCACAACAGACGAAACGAUUGAGGACCAGAUAGUCUAUUAUUCGACACCCGGUCUGCAGGAAAGAAGCCUGAAAAAAGGGAAGAAAGGCGUCCUUGAUGAUGCCGCUCGGGAAGAGAACAAUGAGCAGUUGAGGCAGAUUGGGCUUGCGCAGGGAAUGGUGGAGUUUGGCCGAAGCUUUUCGGAUGGCAGAGCAGUCGAUACCGUUGAUACCGAAAAGUCACGCAUCAUUCUGCAUGAGUUGGAGGCGGGUUGGUGGAUUUUAGCAUCAAUCAACCUGACGGCUCUCCCAGUCGCUGCGAAGGUCAGUACAGCUGGCAAGGGGAAGGGUUCGGAGCAACAAGAGACAAUCGAAUAUUCUUCCCGGGAGGUCAAACCUGCGAUAUUGCUCCUCGGUGACUUGCUACGAGCACACUCGACAUUCCUCCUGCAUCAUGCCUCAUCCAUGAGUGCAUUAUUUGUACGGACAAGACGGUCCAAGUUUGUAGGUAUACUCGGUCGUUACUGGGACACGUUUCUUACCACAUGGAAUGUGCUCAUGCACGGGAAUCCGGCAAAUAACCUCUACAGCGGCAUAAAGAUUGCUGCUUGUGGGGAACUUGGUAUGGGCGUUGGAGAGGAAGAGCGGGGUAGUGGUGAACGGGAGGUUCUGGAAGGUUUUGUGGGCCGGAUAGAUGGACUGGUCGAUGUGAUUGUGUCAAAAUUCGGAGAGGCAGAUCCAGCAGAAAGUGAAAUUGUACGACAUGGGAAGGGCGUCGAAAAGCAAGAACCUGUGGAGCCCUGGCUCGGCUCAGGAAAUGAACUAGGUUCGGAAGAUGGUGCAAUAUUCCUUGGGACUGGUGCAUUGUCACGAAAAUCGUUGCGUGAUGUUUCACACUGGAUGGAAGACCUCUACAGAUGGGGACCCUACGCUUAUGGAGUGAUUGAUAAUCCAAGCUCCAACCGACGAGCAAAGAAAUUUCGACGGAAAUCACCACCAAAGGAACGACUGCCAUCCCCUGACGUGAAAAAGUCACGGCAGGCGUAUGGAUUGAGUAUUCGUGACAAUGCCAGGAAUGAGCACUCUGGUGGCCAGAACUCCAUGACCGCCGUUCCUCCAAUGCCGGUAACUGAGAACGAUGAAGCGCCUAGUAGUCCGAGUUCCACCAAACGUCGUCCUACACCUAAGCGGGCGACAUCGAGCAUCACAGGCUCCGAAAGUGAUUCCAAUGUAAAAAGCAGCAGGUUUGUCCAGUUUCUCAAGCUUGGCUAUGGUAGUCAUUGGUCGCUCGGCUCAACAUCCCACGCGGAAGAAGGCCCUGAGUGUCGAAUUGCAGAAGUGGAAGAAGGAACGUCGAAAUUGUCAGAGAAUCAAGCCAAGAGCGAUUUGCCCAAGGCUGGUAGGACAAUUGAGUCAUCUCCUUAUGCUACCAAAGAUUCUACAGGACAUUUCCUGAUAGGACUUCUGGGAGAUAUUGAGAACGAUGACGACGAAACUUCUGAUGUCGAUCCAGAAGAUUCGCAGGAUCAUUCCCUGGAAGACUCAAAUCCGAGAUUACUUCUGAGAACAUUGACUGUUGAACUGGAACGGGAAGAAGAUGCCCGGAAAGAAACCGAUAUCAGCAUCGAUCUAGGCGGCAGCAGUAAAAGCUCGUCGACCAAGGUUGUUGGCUCGGAACAUACGGGAACAUCAACUACCUCUUUUGAAAGCCAAGACAGGAACAAGACCAAGAAACUCCGUACAGUGGUCUACGUGAACAAGCCUUUCAUAUUUGUGUUUCUUUUUGAGUUAAGAACAGAUGCACUAGCAUUCUCAAGUCUGUACCGGUCUAUGCAUUAUCAGAUCAGCCCACUUUUGAAGCCACUGUUGCAAUCAACAGCAUACAGAGCGUCCAAACCAGAACUCAGCAAUUCCGAGGAAUCUGCAACGCCAAUAUAUGACCUUGUAUGGGAUCCAAAGCUCCUGACAACCAAUUCGAGUAUUCCGAACAUUCCAGACCCCCUGCAGAACCCUCAUUCAGGUGGAACCCCAAAUUGGUCACGAAUAGAAGCUUUGAACACGCACAUGCAGAUCAUAAAUACGUAUGUUGCAUCCAGUGCAGACAAGGCAGCGCUGGAACGUACAUGCAAGACCAGUCGAGGCUGGUGGGUAGUUUGGACUAGAAUCCCAGACCCUGAGCCGGCCGAUACCCCCGUCAGUUCAGGUGAAUCGACCGUUCCUACUCCGGUUCCGACUCCCGUCAAGGGAGGAAGUGGUGCAAACCAGAAACCUCUUACCCAGCAAGCUUCAUCUCAGCGGACGAGCACAUUUGAAGCGAGCAUGAUGUCAGGCCCAGCUCACCCAUUUUUGGAGACCACCAAGGUCAAAUCUGUACCAAAGGACAAGGAGAUAUUCCUGAUACGAAGAGCAAGCGAUCACGUUACUGCUAAGAUGACUGGGAGAUUCGUGAGCAGCUCAUCAGUCGCAGCAUCUGAAUCCAGUUGGACGUCUGGUCCUGGCAGGCUAGCACAGGGCAUUGGCGUUGACACGAAGCGGUACAUUGAGGGUUUGUUGAAUCUGAACAGGUAG